UGACGCGCCCUCUCCAGGCCGGGAGUUUUGCUGCCUGUGAGGCAGAGGCGAAACCAAGCCGGCAAAUGGCCACGUUUUUCGGGGAGGUCGUCUCUGCUUUCUCCCGGGCGGUGGCCGAGGAGGAAGAGGAGGAGGAGGAUGAGGAGAUCAGAAGGGAGUUGGCGGGGCGCAGAGAUGUGACCAUCCAGUGGAGCUCAGAGAAUAGAUCAUCGACGGACCACUCGGCCAGCCUGCUCCCCUGCUCCACAUUUCUCAUCGCCGUCGGAGAGAAUGCUGCAGGGUUUCUCAAAUCCUUUGUACAAUGCUGUGGGAGUUGGGAAGUUGUUGGAGCUGUUACAUUGUGCAAUGAACGAGUCCAGAGACAACAUACCUCGGAGAAGCAAUUUCCCGCAGAUUCAUCGUGCGUUCUCUACCGACUGACAUCCGACCCGACUAUUCUGAGCUGCCACUGCACUUGCCACGUAGCUGAGGAUCAGCUCUUCCACUGGGCUGAGAAGGUUUUUGAAAAUAUCCAGAAAAGGAACCUAGGUGUCAUAGUCCUGUCGAGUUCUUCUGUUACUGAAUAUAAAUCAUCCCGGUCUAUUCCCAGCAUCCCUGUUCCUUUCCUUCGAGCACUGAAGACAAAUACAGUGCAGGAGCUUCCCCAUUGCCAGUUACUGGAGCAGCCCAACGUCAUCUCAGGACUACCUGCAGCAGUCCUGACCCACUGUCAGGUUCAACAGAUACCCGCCGUGCUCUACCACUGCUACAGUGACGUUGCAGCACUGGACACGUUGACAGUGGAAGCCUUCAAGCCAGUGCUUGCAAGUAGGAGCUUGAAAUCUUUUGUAAAGGUGACUACACAAAGUGCGGAAAUAUUACACCAGCUAGUUGAUGCAAACAAGAUCCAAAGCAACCUGUAUACAUGAGCCGAACAAUUUCUAAUUAGUUUGUAAAUGAAUGCCUGAGUGGUUUCCAAAAGGAGUUAUUACCUAGAUUUAGCAAUGUUUUAUUCAGUGGAAAUAAUAAAUCACAGCAGUUUUGUUCAACAAUGAUUUGAAGUAUUUUAAUAAACCGUGACAAGUCCUGU